AUGAAGGUAUGUGCAAGCUGUGAGGAGGAGGCGAGGAGGAAGAAGGAGGUGUGCCGUGCAUGUGAGAAGAAAGUAAAAGAAGGAGACAAAGGCCUACAGUGUGAUGGGUGUGAGAGCUGGGCCCAUAUUACAUGUGAGGAGGUGAAAAUGGAGUUAUAUGAAGGGCUUGAAAAAUCUAAAGAGGAGCUAUGGUUCUGUAGAAAAUGCAAACCAGUGGUGAAAAGAAGUAUAAAUAAGGUGGGCCUACUUGAAGAGGAACUAGUGAGGAAAAAGAAAGAAAUGGAACUGCAGACACAAGAAUUGGAGGACAUGAAGGAGUGGUUAAGAGCUUUAGAGGUAGAAAAUAGAAGCAUGGCAGAGCAGCUGAGAAACCUUGGGGGAGGAGGCGUGACCCAGGGACCUCGGGCACCUGAGAUGCUGAAGAUGCCAGAUGUGGACAACAGAAAGGAGGCAACAGCGCAGCAGAAGAGGGAAACCAAGGUGGACUCUGGAGUGAUGGGGGCUGCCGCUGUGGAGAAAGACUGUGUCGUGGAGAGUCAGUGUGAAGUGGUAGAGUCAAGUGUAGAGACAAAGGGUAAGGCUAGCAAUGAAAUUAAUGCUAGCAAAGGGGAAAAAAUGGGGGUAGAAGAAGCCAAAGGUGAAAAAAAUAAAAGUGAUCAGAAAGAAAAAGACAGUGAACAAGACCACACAUACAACAAAGAAGAAGAAAAGAAACAUCAGGAGAAGGACAAGCAGCCACGGAAGGACCAGAUAACAGAAAAGCCACCAAGCAAACCAGUCGGAGGAGGAGGAAUGGAAAGCAACAAAGAACAUCAGCCCCCAGCGAUGAUUGAAACCCAGCUGGAGGAGAGGCAACGAAAAAAAGGAGGACGAGACAACACAGGAUGCUGUAACAUGGACAGGGGUGGGGACCCAAGCAUGGACGAAGGUGAAGCAUUGGGAGCAGUUAAAGAUGAAGAAAUCUGGUAA